AGGGUUGGGGGCGAGAGAGAAAGUAACUCCAGGACGAGACCGGAGCGACCCGCGCAGCUAGCUUAGGCGGCGAGGCUGCGCUGGGCGCCCAAGACCAGCGGCCGCGGGGGGCGGGGGCUGCGCCCGAGUCCGAUCCACCGCUCCGGCUCUGAGCUCCCCGCACUCUGCCUCCAGUACCCGGCCAAGUGCCCUGCAGAGCGGCGAGUUUCCGGGGUCAAAAACAGACUGUCGCAGCUGGACUGCGAUGUGCACAGGGGCCGGAUUGGCGCCCAAAUCAGAGAAAGAAAAAGUCUCUAACGGGACAGAUCUUAGCAAAGAAGCGACUUCAUGAAGAAGCGAUUUAGUGAAAUCGUCUCAAGCUGCCGCAGCUCAGCCAGUUUAAUCACCCCCAGAGAGCUGAACAACUGCGAGCACAAUGGGACACAAAAUCAUUUUCAGUGGUCUCGGGGAAAAGGUCGUUGUCCGGCACAAAUGUGUUUGUCCAUGGGAGCCGUGGAGAUUCGGGUGGAGGCAUAACGCCUGGGGCUUCCAGUGAUACUCUGGGCAGCAAUGGAAGCCUAGAUGCCUCACCGGAAGGAGCGGCCGAGUGGGUCCUCACUUCACACACACGGCAGCGCUGGCACCGCGGAGGGAGGAAACAUGUCCCGGCUGUCUCUCACCCGGUCGCCCGUGUCUCCCCUGGCUGCCCAGGGGAUCCCACUGCCAGCUCAGCUUACCAAGUCCAACGCACCCGUGCACAUCGAUGUGGGUGGCCACAUGUAUACCAGCAGCCUGGCCACGCUCACCAAAUACCCCGACUCCAGAAUAAGCCGCCUCUUCAAUGGCACUGAACCUAUCGUCCUGGACAGUUUGAAGCAACAUUAUUUCAUUGACCGGGAUGGGGAAAUUUUCCGCUAUGUCCUGAGCUUCCUGCGGACGUCCAAACUGCUGCUUCCGGAUGACUUCAAAGACUUCAGCCUACUGUACGAGGAGGCACGGUACUACCAGCUGCAGCCCAUGGUACGAGAGCUGGAACGCUGGCAGCAGGAGCAGGAGCAGCGGCGUCGCAGCCGGGCCUGUGACUGCCUGGUGGUGCGAGUCACGCCGGACCUGGGUGAGCGCAUUGCGCUCAGUGGUGAGAAGGCCCUUAUCGAAGAGGUCUUCCCCGAGACCGGGGAUGUCAUGUGCAACUCAGUCAACGCUGGCUGGAACCAAGACCCCACACAUGUCAUCCGCUUUCCUCUCAAUGGCUACUGUCGGCUCAACUCUGUGCAGGUCCUAGAGAGGCUCUUCCAGAGGGGUUUCAGCGUGGCUGCAUCCUGUGGAGGUGGUGUGGACUCCUCCCAGUUCAGCGAGUACGUGCUCUGCCGCGAGGAGCGGCGACCUCAGCCCAACCCCACUGCCGUCCGGAUAAAGCAGGAGCCCCUGGACUAGGCCCUGCCUCAGUGCCCACCUGAGGCGCCUCGGCCCUGGGGUCACUCCCAGAGACCUAGAAACAGUGCUGGGGAGUCUUGUCUCUGUGAGCUUAGCAGUGGGCUUGAGACUGAGUUUGAGGCUGGAGGGUCUGAAGCCAUCUCAGGGGCCCCCAGGGCCCUAGGUGUCAUGGCAACAGAACAUGGGAAGCUGGAGAUGUGCCCACUGAAGGACUGUUGUGACCAGAGAUGCUGUGGCCAGAACUCCGCUGCCGGCUCUCCCAGCUCCUUGGCCUUGUGGUCAGGGGCAGAGUCCUCUGCUUGCCGAGGCGCAGUGAGCAGAGGCAUCCCCAGCUAUUUCCGAGCAGCUGUUUCUCCUUCUCUGCAUGUGGCAGACUCUUGGCAGGUCUCCUUGUGUCAGAGACGGCUUAUUUUUCUACAGUAUUUAAAAUGGAAGUAACUGUCACUGCGCAAGACAGCAAGGCCUCCAAGGACCAACGCUUCUUCAUCUGGUGCUCAGUUCUCAUUCGGAGGUGCAGCCAGCCCACGUGGUGGAUGAGGUGUGGGAUGCUCAGGCCCAGGGGCCUGUAGAGCUGGGGCUGGGGAAAAGGAUGUGGGUGCGACAGUGCUGUAGGAGUCGAAGCAGGGUCCGCAAGGGGCAGGGCUGCUGGGGGCGGGGGACGGGAGUACCGGGGGGUUCAUGUAACCAUCUCAGACCUCCUUUGCUGCCUUGAGGGCUGCACUCAGCAGGUCACCCAACCAGCUCAGGUGCAGGAGCCUUCAGUCCUGUCCUGUGUGUGCUCGCUCCUGGGUUCCUAGAGAAGUCUGUCCCCAUCAGACCAGCGAUGGAGGCUGCACCUUACCUCAGGAAUGGGCCUCUCCAUGAAGGGGCCUAUCUGUUAGCAUCCUCUUGAGUCCCCACUCAGGGAGCCACCCCCAGCUCCAGCUUUUCCCACACUAGUAAUGCACACCGAGUUUUAGUUAAACAUGUUACACUAGCCUGGUAGUAAUACCUGGACAUGGGCAUACCUCACACUCUUGACCCUGGAUUCCAGUGAGGAUUGGCCCUGAGGGGAUCCUCAUAGAUCUGCUGCCUCCCAGACAACAGCCCAAAGACGGAUACCUUGGGCCUUGUCGUACUUCCCCACGUGCUAGCCCCUCCUGGAUGGAGAAAAUGCAGAGGACUGGUGGGUGGAGCACCCAGGCCAGCACCCCGUGUAUAAUGCCUGUAGACUUGUAUAUGACUCCUUUAAUAUUGUAAAGAUGCUGAUGUACAAUUGUUGUGUGUUUGUGUAAACACAUUACAUUCCUAGUUCAUGCCAUAAAUGAUGCUAUAAAGCAAAAGACUGAGGCUCUGUCCUGUGCAGAAGAAGCAGCAGCUGGGUUCCCACAGGGAAUAAUAUGCAGGGAGGUUUGGGGGUGGAAUUGUUCCCUUGGGUCCGUCAGUUCAAAGCCAAGAAUACCCCGCAGUAGUGGCUGGGGGAGGGGCGGGACUAGGGUCCUGAGCUCCGUGUUAUUUAUUGCAUUUGGGUAUUUCUUCACAGUGUCUGCCUGUCCCCUCUGGGCAGCACUGCUUCUGAAUUCUGAUUCACAGUUCCUAACCAGAUGCAAACGGGAAGGCAGACUGGUUUCUGAGGGCUUUUGAGCCCAGUCUUAAAGGUCGGAGGUUUCCACUUGCCAUCUUUUGGUUACAGGUGAUGUUUUCUCUAGGAUCCCACACAAUGGUAUGAGAAGGUGGCAGGCUGUGGCAUAGGACAAUCUAGAAGAGAAGCCAUGCAGCCAACUGAAGAUCAGCUAAGCAAACAUGGUCUCUAUGUGACCCAUGUGUCAUGUAGUCCCACAAUUUAUUUUUUAUUUUUGGUACCAGGAAUUGAACUCUUGACCUUGCACUUGCCAGGCAGGCACUUGUGCCACUGAGCUGUAUCCCUGGCCCAGUCCUCCAAUUUUAAUGAGUCUGCAUUUCUACUUGAAUAUGUUCUAACUCACAGGACCGUUUUACACACCUGCUGAGGCCCAACAGCCUCUGCCUGCCGCAGGGGAUGGGAGCACAGAUUAGCAGCUUCCCAUCCAAGGCUACAGAGCAGCUGCUGGCCCCCUGUGCAAUGUAAUUUGGUGGACAAACUUGCUAGGCUUCUCCUCUGCUCUUUACUUUUUAAGUAAAUCAAGAAUUUUACAUCACCUAGGGAGUUUUACAUCAACUGAGGAUUUCUGAAUGUGUAGGGAAAUACUAACUUCCCCUAUUGCUGCCAUUCUAAUAUACCUUCUCUAUAAACAAUAACUGCAGAUUACCCAUUCUUUAAAACAUUUUUUCAUUCCCUGGAAUGGAUAUAUUAUAAUCUUUUGAUGACAUACCAGCAGUAGCAAUGUUACUUCUGUUCCUCCAUAAACCCCAAAACUAUUCUUUUUUUCCAAAACUAUUCUUAAUUGUGAGCAACUGGACAGAGAGCUGGGCCAGUGCUUCUUCUGUUUCCCACCAAACCUCUGGCAGUGCAGAGAACUGGGCAAAGCCACAGCAGGCAGCUUCUGCCCCUGUCCCGGUUACAUGGGCUCCAAGCCAGGUCAUGACAUUAAUCAUAACUUUUAAGAAAUGUGUGUGCGUGUGUUUUUUUAAGCUACUAUGUGUGUUCCUUAGAAUAAAGGAUAUUUUAUAAAUUA